AUGGGUGGAAAAGGAAAAGGCAAGGGAAAGAAAAAGAAGUCUCCCAAAGCGCCCACAAUCAUCGAUGGAGUAUCCGUACAAGAAAUGUCCAAAGAAGAACUAGAAGAUCAUCUUCGACGUAUACGUGAAGAGUUAGAUCGUGAACGAGAAGAACGUAAUUAUUUUCAAUUAGAACGUGAUAGAAUAAGUACAUUUUGGGAAAUAACUAAACGACAGUUAGAAGAGAAGAAAGCUGAAUUAAGAAAUAAAGAUCGUGAAUUAGAAGAUGCUGAAGAACAACAUCAAGCAGAAAUCAAAGUAUACAAACAAAAAGUCAAACAUCUAUUAUAUGAACAACAAAAUAAUAUAGCUGAAUUGAAAGCUGAAACAUUAGCUGAAUUAAAAGUAGCGCAAGAAACACACAAUGAAGCCGAAAAUAGCACAUGGAAAGAGAAACGAGAAUUAAAAGUACAAAUGAAAGAUCAAGAAUUGGCACAACAAGAAGUAGUCAGAAAUUUGAAAAAAACAAAUGAAUCGUAUAUAUCAAAAUUACGUGAAGAUUUUCUUCGUCAAGCACGUGAAAUUGAAGAGAAAUAUGAGAAAAAACUACGUGAUUUACGUGAAGACUUAGAAUUAAGACGUAAAACUGAAAUACAUGAAAUUGAAGAACGAAAAAAUCAGCAAAUUAACGAUUUGUUACGUAAUCACGAAAAAGCAUUUAGCGAUAUUAAAAAUUAUUAUAAUGAUAUAACAUUGAAUAAUUUGAAUUUAAUCAAUACAAUGAAGAGUGAAAUUGAAAAGAAGAAACAAGAAGAAGAACGUUUGGAAAAACGCAUGAACGAAGUUGAAAGUGAAAACAGAAGAAUGAGAGAACCAUUAGAAGCGGCCAAACGAGAAACAGAAGAAUUACGAAAACGAUCGGAAAAUUACGAAAAAGAUAAAGCUCUAUUAGCGAGCACAAAAAAUCGUUUGAAAACAUGUGAAAAAGAACAGGGAAACUUGAAAUGGGAGUAUGAAGUAUUAUUACAACGUUUUGAAAUUAUUCAAAAAGAACGAGAUGAACUGUAUAAUAAAUUUAUUAAAGCCAUCAAUGAAGUUCAACAAAAGAGUAGCUUGAAAAAUUUAUUAUUAGAAAAGAAAUUGAGUACAUUGGCGGAUAGUCUCGAGAAGAAAGAAGCGCAAUUAAAUGAAGUAUUAGCUGCUUCGAAUUUGGAUCCAGCCGGAUUAUCUGUUGUGACAAGAAAACUUGAGGAAGUAUUAGAUUCAAAAAAUACAGCCAUACGUGAUCUUCAAUAUGAAUUGGCUAGAGCUCACAAUGACAUUUUACGUACAUAUGAAGCAAAAUUACGUCAGUUUGGAAUCCCUGUAGAAGAAAUUGGUUUUAAACCUCUUGAAAGUACAGUGGCUGGUCAGCAAUUAGGAAAAGGUGUUGCUGGACUAGUAUCUACCGCUCCAUAA